AUGCCACAGUUGGAUGACCUUUACUUUAAGAACGAAUACAUAGACGCUGCUUCCUCGAGAGCUCGGAGUGACGGGAGUAUGAACUUUCUCGUUGAGAAAUACGAUAGUGCUUUGAAACAGACGAUGAUCCAAUUGGGAUCUUCGGAAAAGCUUGCCCAGACGAGGUUGAAGGUCAUAGAGAGAGUAAGGGCGGAGCAUAAGAAGGCCAACGAGAAGGCCGCAGAGGAGAAAGAGAUUCUUCGAGUAAAGUUCGAAGAACUGGAGGGCAAGCUUAAGUCUUCCAGCGCGGCGAGGAAGGAGCUCGUCCGAGAGAAAAGUCAUUUGGAGCAAAAGGCUGCGAACCUGGAGAAGGAGAAGACCGAGCUAGUCGAAGAGAGAGAUACCGCGGUAGACAAACUAAUCGGAGAGAGGCAACGCUUGAGGGACUCCCGGGGUUUGGAGGUUACUCGCGAGAGGGAAAGAGUCGAGGCUGCUAUGGUUGAGAAGGCAAGUCGCCAUUUUGAUCGCGUGCGCGACCAUUUUACUCGUCUGGAGGCUUUUGAGAAGGCGAAGAACCUGUACGGUCAAGCUUCGGGAAUGAAGAAGUGCCUCGAGGUUAUAAAGGCGAGUGGGACGGAGAUCCCCCAAGAAAUGAUCGAUGUCUUCGCCGAGCAGGAGAAACUUUACGAGGCAGAGGUUAUGAAACUCCAAGUAGAGCCGCUGUCCGAUAGUGACCUUACACUUUCUCCGCUGGUCCUUCCUUCUCGUUUCGCUGAGGAGCGGUUCAAAACGUCAUUCGAUCCCUAUGGGUCGAACGUAAAUUUGAUCGGGCCAGAGACGGCUUCUCGGCUCGUUACCUCGCUCGAGGUUGUCGAGGAGCCAUCAGAGGAGCCACUGGUUGAUGUCACGUCUAUCCCUACCGAGCCUGUCAAGUCCCCGGUGGGAAGCGGUUUUGACGAGCGCCCAGAGAAUAAGAAUUUGAAGGGGUUUCCUGGAAAGGACGGCCUCGAGAUAGGCGACACUCUGGUUCGAGAUGGAGAGACCGAGAACGUGGGCGUCGAGGAUCUUGUGCUCGUCUCAGAUUCUUCCUCCGAAGGACGAGAGGAUGGGGAGGAGGAUAACGAUGGAAUCGAGGAGGCGUCGCUGCCACGUCCCGUUGAGGAGGAGAUGAUCUACGAAGCUGGGGAUACAGAUGUUCCUCCACUUCCCAUUGUAGACUCUCUUGCCUAUAUUCCUACUCGGGCGGAGGACCCGACUGCUGCCGCUACCAAGAGUUCUGACGAUCAAGAUUGA